AUGGAAAGAGAAUCAAAAGCAACGUACUUACCUGUGGAUUUACUCUCGGAGAUACUCUUACGUCUGCCUGUCAAAUCUGCUGUGAAGUUUCGCUGCGUUUCCAAGGUCUGGUCUUCAAUCACCACUCGUCCAUCUUUCAUUAGCUCGUUCGCAGCUCGGUCAAGUCCCCGUCUUCUCAUCUUCUCAGAGAACAAAGGCAAGCUGUUGGUUUUCUCCAUUCCACAAAACCAGAAUACGGAUAACAAGCCUCAACUGGUGGAGAGUUAUGCGAUGACGUAUCCAGGAACUCGUAGCGUGUUUUAUCUGCUCCAGUGUAUCUCUCACGCCCGAAGUUUGGAACCCCACCACGAGACGCACCGUAACCUUACCCCAUCCCAAAAGAGGCUGGAGUAA